AUCACAUCGUGCUCCCACACCACCGCCACCUCCUGCGGUUGCGGGCAGCGUGCCUUGUAAUCAGCGCAGUGCUGCGGUGCCGUUUAUCGGUGGCUAUCACGCUGCUGGCGCUGUUCGCGUUGGCGCGCGGUGAUCGCUGCUGAUGUGCUGCCCAUCGAUCGCAGCCUCGGGCCAUUUGCGUUCCUCACGUCUGACUUUUGGAGGGUUGCUUGGCACGUGGAUCCAGAAGAGAAGAUUCUGCUGAGGACUGGCUAUUGCUCCUGGUUUGAAGAGAAGUGACAUUAGUUCAACAUGAGUGUGAUGUUGGAAACCCCUGAGCUGCCGGCAGUGUUUGAUGGGGUGAAGCUUGCUGCAGUCGCUGCUGUUCUCUAUGUUAUCGUUCGCUGCUUGAAUUUAAAAAGCCCCACUGCCCCCCCUGAACUCAUCUACCAGGACUCUGCUUUGUCCCGCUUUCUGCUCAAAUCCUGCCCGCUGUUGACCAAAGAGUACAUUCCACCCUUGAUCUGGGGGAAGAGCGGGCAUAUCCAGACAGCCCUUUAUGGAAAAAUGGGGAGAGUGAGAUCACCACAUCCGUACGGACAUCGCAAGUACCUCACGAUGCCAGAUGGAGCAACAGCAACCUUUGAUCUCUUUGAGCCGCAGUCUGAGCACUGCAUUGGAGAGGAUGUCACAAUGGUAAUCUGCCCUGGGAUUGCUAACCACAGUGAGAAGCAGUAUAUCCGCACUUUUGUUGACUAUGCACAAAAAAAUGGGUACAGAUGUGCUGUCCUGAAUCACUUGGGGGCCUUACCAAAUAUUGAGCUCACUUCUCCACGAAUGUUCACAUAUGGUUGCACCUGGGAAUUUGGAGCCAUGGUGAAUUACAUCAAGAAGACCUACCCUCAGACCCAGUUGGCUGUGGUAGGCUUCAGCCUGGGUGGAAACAUUGUGUGCAAGUACCUGGGAGAGAACCAGGCCAACCAGGAGAGGGUUCUGUGCUGUGUCAGCGUGUGCCAGGGGUACAGCGCGCUCAGGGCACAGGAAACCUUCAUGCAAUGGGAUCAAUGUAGAAGAUUUUAUAACUUCCUCAUGGCAGAUAACAUGAAGAAGAUCAUCCUUUCUCACAGGCAAGUUCUUUUUGGAGAUAACGUGAAGAAGCCACAAAGCCUGUCAGAUGCUGAUCUGAGCAAACUCUAUACAGCAACAUCCCUUAUGCAGAUUGAUGACAAUGUUAUGAGGAAAUUUCAUGGCUACAGUUCCCUGAAGGAGUACUAUGAAGAAGAAAGCUGCCUGCAUUACUUGCACAGGAUCUACGUUCCUCUUCUGCUUGUUAAUGCUGCUGAUGACCCUCUUGUGCAUGAGAGCCUUCUGUCAAUUCCAAGAGCUCUUUCAGAGAAAAGAGAAAAUGUCAUGCAUGUGUUGCCCCUUCAUGGAGGCCAUCUGGGCUUUUUUGAGGGGUCUGUGCUAUUCCCAGAGCCUCUUACCUGGAUGGAUAAGCUUGUGGUGCAGUAUGCCAAUGCCAUCUGCCAGUGGGAGAAGACAAAGUCUCACUGCUCAGACACAGAGCAGGCGGUAUCUGGCCAGGAGUAAUUGACCCAAAGACUCUGGAUCACUUCAGUAUAUCUCCCCCUUUGGGAACUCUUUGUUCCCUCACCUGCUGCUUCAGGUUUCCAUUCCUUUUGAUAUCCUAUGGCUGGGGUUUGAUCACAAAGUUUCCUGAUGAAUUGGAGUUAAAACAGAGGUUAAUAUCUGGUCAGAGAAUCUUCGCUUAUGUUGUCACUUGGGUUUGUAAUUUACUGCUCUGCUUGAAGAAUUGGAUUGCUUACUGUGACUUGUUACAGGGUUAUUGAGUUGAAGACAACUUGCUUUGAUGUAACAGAAGUUUCAGAUGUCAAAAUCACUUCACCAGCUGAUCAAGAAGUUGAUCUGCAGCAUAUAGUUAGAUGUAGAUGGCAGGGUACCUACGAUUCCUCUGUCCCAGUGCUAGAAAAACCCUCUACCACUCCGCAGGCCAGUCAGUGGUCCAGACUGUGUGCCACUAAAUUGUGGCUUGAAAAAAACAGGUGCUUGACUGCAAGUAGAGCACCAGCCUUGCACCAUCUCAAGGGAAUGUUUUACUUCCUAAGAGUGCAGAUACGCAAGUCUGUCAGGUGAGAAACGCUUAACUUGUCCAUGCUUCAGAUAUCUGUGGGUUGGGGCAUCUUUAUACUGGGAUUCCAGGAAGAAGAAAGCUGCAGACUGGUAAUGCCAGUUAAUGUUUCAGUGUAAACUUAUAUUCACACCAAGACCAGACCAAUCAUCUUGUCACAUUUGCUUCUUUUUAAAUGUAGUCAUAUUUUUAGUAAUGGAUUUCUUGUUUGAUACAGGACUUUUUAAAGCUGGCUCUGGCUUCCUAAUGGAAGAUUCUGGUUAAGAAUCUACAGGACCUUUUUGUGAGCUCAGUAUCUUUUAAGAAUAUUUUGUAGUAGGUACUCUGUUAGGGAUUGAACUGUGGGGGAAGAACGUAUCUAUUUAGAUUUACUCCCCUUGUAUCAGGGUAGAUCAUACCAAAAUUCUUGCCCUUAACAUUCAAAGAAUUUAAUGGUUUUCAGACACAUGACUUGCCUUACAGUUGAUGGGAAGCUGAUGGGUCUAGCCCUGUCUAAAUAAAAUGAUAUCUUUGUCAAACUACUUCCAUAUCUAUGUUAAUGCUGCAGGAUUUUACUGGCUCUUCACUUGAAUUCCUUUCACACACUCAGACAUUCUCUUCUAGUUUGCACAUGCAAAGUGACGUGUGAUAGCUGUUUGCAGGAAAGAUGCAUGCUCACUUGUGCUUUUCCCUCAGGUGGCUUUAUGGUCUGUGCCAGGACCAAUACUGAGGACUCUCAUUUAUCCCCUGGUAGGAAGGUUGCCCUGUGACAAGCUGGAGACUGAAAAUUUGUGGUGGAAAUCUUUUUUUUUUUACUGUUUGUUCUGUCAAUAUUCUUGUCUCAUUAAUCCAUGCUCGGGACUUCUUUAUCACAGUGGCAGUGAAACUCUUUUCCUGUCAUGCUUCCUGCAUCAGUUAGCACUUUAUUGCUUUAGCCUUGGUUUGUGUUUCAGGCACUUUAGUGUAUAGUUUGAGUGAAACAAGCUGCAAGACUUCAGUGUGGUGAUAUGGGGGAGCAAGCCUUCUGGACUGCCUUGUCCUGAACUUCAUUCAGUAGGUUGCAGAGGUAGGUUUUUAUUUUAAUAAAGCAAUAACUAACUAUUGUAGCAAAGGUGCAUUAUCAUAUCAGGAAAUUCCUUUCAGUUUGCCUUAGGCCAGACACCUUGGCCUGCUGCAAUGAACUGUGGCUAUCUCCUUGUUACUAAAUCCAGGUUUCUUUUUUUUCUUCCUUAAAGGAAAGAUGCAGCCAAGUAAAGCUACUGCAGUACUUGGUCAUGCUUGUGGGUGUUCCUUCAGAGCUAUUUUAGGGCAUGAGUUAGAAAGGGUAUUCUUAGCUGAUGGAUAUCUUGUGUGUGUUGUUAUCCUCGUAUUCAUACUGCAUCUGUGUAUAUCAGUAAAAAUCUGUCACACAGGAAAUGCAGAUUUUUGCUCAAGUGACUGUUUGUUCCUGUCAUUCUCACGGGAUGUGACGUAAAUAUGUUCUCACUUCAGCUGAAGUAGGGUAUAAAUAACAUUUGUAGGCAUCAGAUAGAUACAGCAUCAAUUGAGGUGUGUAGGGUAUUUUUUUUCUGUCCAGUGGGUUACAACUUCAGAAAUGUUUCAGCUUUCAUAACAUACUACAUCUGUAGCUUACACAGGUCACAGCAGUCUGCCCUGAGGAGGCAAAGCUGCUCUUCCCAUGGCAAGAGGUACCAUCUCUGAAAUGCUUCACGUCCUGCCUCAGUCCAGCUUUACUGUGCUGUGAGAUGAAUAUCAACUCCAGGCAGCUCUGGCUGAAAUUCUGCCUUCCUUCACAGGACCCCAAACUUGAAGGAACAGUUCAGGUGUUGACUGAUCCAGAACAUGAAAGGUACCAGUGAGAGAGAAUUGUUUGCUUGCUUCUGUGUUGAGGUAACAGAGUGCUUUUCCACCAAGUCAUGCCAGUUCAUCUGAAAGCAGAGCUUUGUUAUGGAAAGGUUUUCCUGAAGAGCUUUUCCACCUUCCUUUUUGUAACAGAGAUCAUCCUUGACAAACCAGGUUUUGAAACAGGGUUUUCUUGUUUCCGAGAUGGAAGAAAUUACUUCCUCAAAUGCACCUUCAUUUUGAUCCGGCUGCUAUUGCAGAUGGCCAGUCAAUCAUAAACCUUUUUAAGCACGUGUUUCCAAAAAUGAGGUAAACAUCUGGGCAGUUCUUAAUGCAGCAGGAGCUGUAGCUUUGUGGAAUCGAGAUUUUGCUUUAGGACUUUUUUCAAGAGAUGCUCUUGCUUUCUGCCCUGCAAUCCAUCCCUUCAUAUUUCAGAAGUGCUGUGAAAUUUUUGAAACUUUCAACUAGAGAAGUGAUGUAGGUCUGUCCUGCUCAGUUGAUGCUUUUUGCACUUUCCACCUGCAUCCACAGCUGCUCACACCACUUGUGGUUGGACAACUAAUAGCUUGUUUGAGAAGGAAGAACUUUGGUGUAGUCGCAAAGGUUCCUGAAACUCACUAACUUGAUGUAGGUGGAAACAGUAAAAAUCUGUUCUUCCCAUCCCACCCGAUUUGAUGCUGCCUUUUCAAAGCAAUAUUCAUUUUGUCAAACUUUCAGCAGUCAUGUGGAGAUCUCAAGGAAGCAGUAGAAGAAGAGAAAGGUAGGCUGCAGUGCAUGUUACCUAAAGACGUUCAAAAAAAGAAAUCCACUGC